CAAUUUGGGAGAAACACAUCUGAUUUUUUAUCUCUAUGGUGGUGGUUAGCCGUGCUCGAAAGUCAGCCUACCUUAAAAUGGUAGCAUUAAAAAAAAACACUAUUUUACUUUUUGAAUUCCUGAGUGAGAAAUGGCUGUGUGUAAGAAAAAGGACUUCGUGAGAGUAGAAGAACUGAGCCAAUAGAAUUUGAAUGUCAUCUGGCGGUCUUUAGCUGUCCAAUGAAAUGCUUUCCGAGGUUUCCUGUCUAAUUUGGAUACAACCAUUAUAUAAGGAGGUCGAGUUAUCUUGCUUCCCAUUGCUUGUGUUUGACAGCGAGUAGGAAACAUGCCUGAGCCAGCGAAGUCUGCACCCAAAAAGGGUUCGAAGAAGGCAGUGACGAAGACUGCCGGAAAGGGGGGAAAGAAGCGCAAGAGGUCCAGGAAGGAGAGCUACGCCAUUUACGUGUACAAGGUCCUGAAGCAGGUUCAUCCGGACACGGGUAUUUCUUCCAAGGCCAUGGGUAUCAUGAAUUCUUUCGUCAAUGAUAUCUUCGAGCGUAUCGCUGGUGAGGCGUCCCGCCUGGCUCACUACAACAAGCGCUCCACCAUCACUUCCAGGGAGAUCCAGACAGCCGUGCGCCUUCUGCUCCCUGGCGAGCUGGCCAAGCACGCCGUGUCUGAGGGAACCAAGGCGGUCACCAAGUACACCAGCUCCAAGUAAAGCCUCUGCCGCUUUGCAAAAGGAAACCAAAGGCUCUUUUAAGAGCCACCCACAAAAUCAGAAAGGAGCAAAAGCUGGUUGUUGAGGUUAACGAAUCUUUUUCCUAUGUGGGGAGGGAGCGUAAUAUAAAUUUCAAGUCUCGCGCAGACUUAGGACGUACAAUAGGACUUGUAGAAACAAACACUUCGAGAGAAAUGUGCGCACAUAAUGUAGAUUUGGUAGCCUUUAUUCAUUCAUGUGAAAAGAUGUCUACAAUGAUAAAGCCUGAAUAAAAUGCAUACUUCGAAAUAUCUGUUA